UCCACGCAGCUAUGUGGCCAAGUACCGAUCUGUCCCAGCUUUCAAGCAUUACAUCUUUGGAUUUGAUGGCCUCUUUGUUUCCCAGUAAUACAAUCGCCGUGUAACAAAUAUGGCGCCUCCGUUCGCGAUAGAAGCUGCGCGUGAAGAAGACAUUUCGGAUAUAAUUUCAAUACUGGUACCAGCGUUUGCGCCAUAUCCAAUCGAAGCUCUACUCGGCAACAUAGACACCCCGGAUGGUCGACGAGCAGCAGGCGAGCGGCACUUGCGAGCGUGGCGUGAGCAUGCAGACGAGUUACUGUGGCCUUCUGCGAUCAAAUGCGUGCAUACUGACCCGCAAACCAACCAGCGCACUAUUGUGGGCUUCGCGUAUUGGCUCAUAUACGACAGGGUUCGCACUGCCGAGCAAUACACCCGACCGCAUUAUCUUCUUUCUGCAUCCUGGGUACCGAACAGUCAGGGCCAGCAGGAUUUGGCCAAGCGUACGCUGCAGCCCAUCUUGGACAAGCGUGUGGAAUGGCUAGGUGGGAGAAGAUGCGCUGUCCUCAUGUACAUGUGCGUGGAUCCAGUGUGGAGGAGACGGGGAGUCUCAACGAUGUGCGUUAAGUGGGGAUUAGCACAGUGUGAGCAUCUAAACAUCCCUGCGUACCUCGAGGCGAGCGACGAAGGCGCGCCAGUAUACGAGAAGCUUGGCUUCGAGGCGAUGGAGGAAGUGUCUAUGGAGCUUGACGGCGAAAGGUCUACGUUCCCGAUUAUGAUGUGGUUCCCAUCCGGCACGUCGGUCGAAGACAAGAAACCGGCGUUGCGGGCGAAGUAGCUCAUAAAUCCAGCUAGAGCUCAUUUUGGACCGUCGAACUUGCAGCUGAUGCAAUAGGAGCCGACUGAGAGAAGAAGAGGAAUGCCUAAGGAGCCCUGGCUUGGACUGGCUUCGCAUGUGGACUUGACCUGGAUACCAACUUCCAGUCUGAAUCUCCUCCCGAG